AUGGAUGUUAUAGCAAAAAACAGGCUAUUGUCGGAAUCGGAAAUAACAAUUUGGCAAGGUAGCAAAGAGAAGGUUAAAAAGUGGCACGAAAAGGUAGCAGCGGAUUUACAACAGAAGGCGAAGAUGAGAUGGAUAGGUUUAGGAGACGAAAACACCAAUUAUUUCCAUUCUAUAGUAAACAAUCACAUAGCACGAAACAAGAUCAGUGGUUUAUGGAUAAAUGGGGAUUGGAUCUCGGACCCGAAAGAAAUUAAAACACAAUUCUUGGUGGCCUUUAAAGAAAAGUUCAAAGAACCGGUAAGAGCAAGACCGAGAAUAGGAGCUAGGGGCUUCAAAAGGUUAACAAAGGCACAAGCCGAAGGCCUAAUAAGUAAUUUCUCGCUUCAGGAGGUACAUGAUGCAGUUUGGGAUUUUGGAAUAAACAAGUCGCCUGGGCCGGACGAGAUUACUUUUAAGCUUAUCAAGUCAUAUUGGGAGGAGAUGAAGGGACUAAUUAUGGAGGUUAUGGAUCAGUUUUAUACAUACUGA